AGCGCAUGCGCACACCUGGCGGGUGGAGGCGGUCGGGAGAGAAUGGAAAGAUUUGUGCGAGAAAGUGCCCGGGAGCCGGGCGGUGAGGCGCGAGCGCGCAGGCGCGGCCGAGAAGGAGGGGAGGGGCGAAGGGGCACUACGACUCUGGAAUCUCAGCGAGCGCCAGUCACCAUCGCAUCUUCUCUCUGCUGCCAUGGCUGCCUACAAGUUGGUGCUGAUCCGGCACGGCGAGAGUGCUUGGAACCUGGAGAACCGCUUCAGCGGCUGGUAUGACGCCGACCUGAGUCCAGCGGGCCACGAAGAGGCGAAGCGCGGCGGGCAGGCGCUGCGAGAUGCUGGCUAUGAAUUUGACAUCUGCUUCACCUCAGUGCAGAAGAGAGCGAUCCGGACCCUCUGGACAGUACUGGAUGCCAUUGACCAGAUGUGGCUGCCUGUGGUGAGGACUUGGCGCCUCAAUGAGCGGCACUAUGGGGGUCUGACUGGCCUCAAUAAAGCAGAGACUGCAGCCAAGCACGGUGAAGCCCAGGUCAAGAUUUGGCGGCGCUCCUAUGAUGUCCCCCCGCCUCCGAUGGAGCCUGAUCAUCCCUUCUAUAGUAACAUCAGUAAGGAUCGCAGGUAUGCAGAUCUGACUGAAGACCAGCUGCCUUCCUGUGAGAGUCUGAAGGACACUAUUGCUAGAGCUCUGCCCUUCUGGAAUGAAGAAAUAGUUCCCCAGAUUAAGGAGGGGAAACGGGUACUGAUUGCAGCCCAUGGCAACAGCCUUCGGGGCAUUGUCAAGCAUCUGGAGGGUCUCUCUGAAGAGGCUAUCAUGGAGCUGAACCUGCCGACUGGUAUUCCCAUGGUCUACGAAUUGGACAAGAACUUGAAGCCCAUCAAGCCCAUGCAGUUCCUGGGUGAUGAAGAAACUGUUCGUAAAGCCAUGGAAGCUGUGGCUGCCCAGGGCAAGGCGAAGAAGUGAAGGCUAGCAGACAGAAUGCUGCCCAGGGAACACCCUCCUUGCCCUCUCAUUCCUCUACACCUCUCCCCUGCACACUGACCACAUCUGGAAGCAUCAGAAGUGUAGCUACAGACGGGGACCAGUGACUCCCAUUUUAAUCUUAGUCAUUUUUUUUUUUCUGCACCCACUCCCUUCAUACAUUCUAGUCAAAAUAGCACUUCUGGAGCUUGGGUUCUCAGUCUCAGCCAAGGGAAGAUAGCUCUUAUCCAAGAGUUUAGAGGUAGUAACUUGGAUUUUUGCCAGUGCUUUGUUUACUAGGGACCUGCCUGAGUAGGGGCUAGGGAGGAGCCAUGCUAAGGCCUGACCAGUGAGGAAAAGCAAGAGCCUCUUUGCUCCCAGGAACCAUUCUAUACUUGGCUAUAGUCAUUCCAGGGGAAGAUGAAUGUAACCUGCAUGGUGAUGUAAAAAACUGCCGUUUCCUCUCUUGACCCCAGAAGAACUGGCUCCAGAAGGUUGGGAUCAAUCCUGAAUCAUGUUUGUGCUGCAUUUACUUUUAUAAAAAAAAAGAAAUAGAUAUAUAUGCAUAUACAUAUAAUUAAUACACAACAAAAACCCUACUGGGUUUUCUAGUGGCGGUUAAAAUAGUCCCACAUACAGUCAACAGAAGAUCAGGCAUUCCUCACACCAAUGUGGGAUAAACUCCUUGACUUCUAAGGGGUAGGAAUGCAUCUUGCUGUGUAUUUUAGAAUCCUUCCCUGGCCUUGUUUUGCGGCAGUGAAAUGCCUCUUGAUCACAUCCGAGUGUGUCUUUUCACUGAUUUCUGAAUCAUGUUCUAGUUGCUUGGCCCUGCCAUGUGGGUCCAGUACUCAUUUUGAAUAUAACUACUAAUAUUUUCUCCAGGUCAGUAUAAUAAAGGAGUGAUGUGCAAUACUUUCA